AUGGGGAGCACAGAAACUGUUCCUUUCUGGAACAUGAACAUCCCCGAGGACCAGAGAACCGAAGAGUGCCCUGACUUUCUUCAAGGCCUUCACAAGAAAGAUCAAGGCAUUCUCUCCACCCCAGACCAAGAGUACCACAUCUUCUCCUGGGCUGAGGUCCGCGACAUCAUCCAAACAAACCGCUUGGAGAAGUUCAAGCGUGUUCCCUCAGAGCUUAGACGCUACAAAGCCUUCGCAUUCUCUCUGAAGCAGAAGUACGGCAGUGUCGCCAACUUUAUCCAUGAACAUCGUCUUGGAUGGAGUACUCCAGUGACGCCGCGUGGAGCACCUUUUGAAUUCGAGGACGAUUAUAAGAUCCUAUGGAAUGAUGCCCCCUACGGAAUAGAUCCGAGAAUAGCGCACCUUGUCGUGUGGACAAAGUUCGGCCUCGUAGAAGAUCCCGCCACGGGAGAUUUGACGGACAAAGCAAGGAAAGAGAUUGAUGAUUUCGUGACAAAGACCUUUCGAGCGCAUAUCCCAGAGGAGAAUGUUCUUUGGUUUAGGAACUGGCGUUCUUUGCAAUCAGUCAAUACUGUGCAGCACUUUCACGUCAUGCUCUUCAACCCGGAUCCCGACUUUGUACGGAAGGUCACCAAGGGAGACGUUCCACGGGCAGGAAUAGAGGUUCACAAGUGA